CAGACAAAGAGUACUUGCUUAAGUGCUUAAGCUUAAUGUCUUUUACUUUUUCUAAAAUUUUGUACCUUUUGUCCUGUUGUCGCUUCUGUAACAACAAUGGGGAAGCUAAACCCAUGAGGAUUAUUUUUAAAAAUACCCUCUAGGCUUCUGCAGCUGAAAUCCCAGGUAAAACUAGAUCCCAAUCUAAUAGAGAAACAAUUCGGAAAAUCAGAAAACAAAAAAGACAAAGAUCUGAAAUUUUCAUUAAAAACCAUAUUUGUCUGAUUGUCCCAUUGCUGGAAAUUAGCUGCAGAAGUACUAAAAAAAAAUAGAUCUAUUGUGUUCAUUUAUUUAGGUUAAUUUAAAAAAGAGAGACCUUUUUUGAUCAGAGGAUGAAAGAGGGGAAAUUGAGGUCAAGGGUUUAAUGGCAGGAUGGUCAAGUUUCAAUAACGGUUCAUGUUCAUACAUUGAUGUUGAGAUUGAGGUGGUUGAUGAAUGUGAGGUUAGGUUAAAGAGAUUGUUUGAUCAAGCUCUGUUGAUUUUUCUUGAGGAAGAGGGAAAGAGUAGGCCUCUCCCUGCGGUUCUCGGUGAGGGCAAGAAGGUUGAUUUGUUUAAGCUCUUUCUGUUGGUGAGGGAGAGGGAAGGGUUUGAUUCUGUGUCUAGUAAAGGGCUGUGGGAAUCAGUGGUUGAGAAAUUAGGGUUGGAUUGCUCUGUCUCUCCAUCUCUGAGGUUGAUCUACUCAAAGUAUCUGGCACGGAUGGAGAAAUGGGCGGUGGAGAAAUCGAGGGCUGUGAGUUGGGAUACUCGAGAUGGUAACAAGAAAGGGUGUCAUGAAGGUAUGUUGCAUGAGCUUGGGGAUGGAUUCAAGGGCUUGUUGGAAAAUGGAAACUGUCGGAAACGUAACAGAGGUUUGGUUUUCGGUUGUAACCAUGUUGAAGAGUCUGGUUCGGAGUUUGAAAGGUCUAGCAAGAGACUUGUAGAUUGUGGUCUUGAAGAUGAUGAAGAAGAAGUUGGAAUGUCUUGUGAUGACGAAGAAGAAGAAGAAGAUUUGGAUUUGUCAUUGGAAAAGGAAGAGACUUUACAGGGAAUGUUGAAGUGGCUUACUUCGGUCGCUACAUGUCCUCAUAAUCCAACCAUUGGAGUAAUACCUCACUGGUUAAAAUGGAAGGAGUGUGCCGGAAAAAACGAGUGUUGGAUCAAAGUGGCUAGAGCGAAGAAUGCUUUACUGGUUCAAAGAGACAAUUCCGAUAUCAGAUUUCAGAAUUCUCCACUUCUACUGGGUCACCAAACUAUUCAUCAUUCUAUGUAUGAAGACGAUCGUAAAUCAACAGGGAGGUUAAGAUACAGCAUAAGGCGUACACAUUUAUCCAGACCAUGUUCUUCUUCCUCGUAUACCAAUGGAAGUCCGGUCUCCAAUGAAAGAACAGACCUUAUAGCAGGAACAUCUAGAACCAGAACAGAUCUUGUUGCAGGAACAUCUGGAGCAGCAGACUUACAAGUGUACUCAAAUGCAAUCACAGAGCCAAACAAACCAGAGUUCCCGAGAAGGUACGUGGCUGUUGGACGUCAUUACCAAGCCCGAGUCGAUGAAUGGACAGGAUCCGGUUUAGACAGCGACACUAAAUGGUUAGGAACUCGUAUAUGGCCAUUAGUGAAUGAAGAAGCGUUAGAUCAUAGAACUGAUUUGAUUGGAAAAGGAAGGCCAGAUUGUUGCAGCUGUGAUAUCCUUCUCUCCGGUUACGUUGAGUGCAUUAGAUUCCACAUUGCAGAGAAGAGAAUGGAGCUUAAACGUGAUCUUGGCGAUGUGUUUUUCCAUUGGAGAUUCAAUCAAAUGGGAGAAGAAGUGUCUCUAAGAUGGUCAGAGUCAGAAGAGAAGAAGUUUAAGAAGCUGAUGGUUUCAGAUCCUGAGUCUUUUUGGAAAAAUGCGGUGAAGUGUUUCCGAGGGAAGAAGAGAGAGCAGCUAGUGAGUUAUUACUUCAAUGUGUUCUUGAUUAACCGGAGACGGUAUCAGAACCGUGUGACUCCGAGACAUAUUGAUAGUGAUGAUGAAGGAGCUUUUGGUUCUGUGGGUAACGGUUUUGGUCGUGAUGCUGUUUCUUCGUUUGGUUCAGAUAUUAUGAUAUGUUCUAUGAACACUCAGUGUGAUGAUGACUUUGAGUGAAAGAAGCAGAAGAUUGGAAUAUAAAACGUUUAACUCAUAGUUUCUCUUUGUGGAAGAAGUAUAGGAGAAGUUUGUAGUUUUUUUUUUUGUGACUUUGAAAAACCAAUGACUAGCAAAUUAAAUUUGGUACCUUUUGGAACAAAAUCGACUCUUAUUAGUUUUUCAAAGAGUUGUUUUUAAAUUUUUUUUUUAUCUUUUGGAUACAUUUUUUAAAAAUUCAUUCUUCAAUUUUCAAAGAGUCACAUACAUUGUAAUUUAAUUUAA